AUUAUCACAGGCCAGUGGCAGUUACAUGGACUAUACUUUGAUUACAUUACUUUAUACCUUCCCAAGAACAUUCAGUAAAUACUUCUCUUCGUAAACGGUCAGGGGUGGAAAGGUUAAAUAAUAAUUGUAAUUUGCUAUUUGAGAGUCGAGCCAACAGCCUUCAGCUAACCUUCACUUUCCACACGCGGGCAGGCCCAGCAGGGUCCUCAGGACGUCUUGAUGGAUGGUCACGGGAGUGUCAUUCCUUAGGCUUUCCUUACCAACAGUCUUGUUCCCACAUUCCUGAAAAAAGGUGUGUGCAAGAAACCUAUCUUUCUAUCUCUCCUCUACCGCAAGCUCCUUUAAGAAUGAUCCCAGCUUUGCAGACGCCAUCACCCCGGAACCUCCCGCGCUGCCCAACCAUGGGCAACCCUACUGUGUUCUUUGACAUCGCCAUCGACGGCGAGCCCUUGGGCCGCGUCUCCUUCGAGCUGUUUGCAGACAAAGUUCCAAAGACAGCAAAAAACUUUCGUGCUCUGAGCACUGGGGAGAAAGGCUUUGGUUAUAAAGGUUCCUGCUUUCACAGAAUAAUUCCGGGAUUUAUGUGCCAGGGUGGUGACUUCACACGCCAUAAUGGCACUGGUGGCAAGUCCAUCUAUGGGGAGAAAUUUGAUGAUGAGAAUUUUCUCCUGAAGCGUACAAGUCCUGGCAUCUUGUCCAUGGCAAAUGCUGGCCCCAGCACAAACGGUUCCCAGUUUUUCAUCUGCACUGCCAAGACUGAGUGGUUGGAUGGCGAGCAUGUGGUCUUUGGCAAGGUGGAAGAGGGCAUGAAUAUUGUGGAAGCCAUGGAGCGCCCUGGGUCCAGGAAUGGCAAGACCAGCAAGAAUAUCACCAUUGCUGACUGUGGACAAAUCUAAUAAUAAACUUGACUUGUGUUUUAUCUUAACCACCAGACCAUUCCUUCUGUAGCU